AUGAAGGGUAUCCAAAUUGCCGUUGAUCGAGGUGGUACCUUUUGCGAUUUUAUAGCCAAAUGUCCCGGUAAAAAGGACUAUGUGUUUAAACUUUUAUCAGUUGACCCUACCAACUAUGAAGAUGCACCAACUGAAGGUAUAAGACGAGUUUUGGAACACUUUACAAAUACAAAAAUUGCCAAAGGCUCCAAAUUAAAGUUAGACCAGAUUCAGAGUAUACGAAUGGGUACAACAGUUGCAACCAAUGCGUUGUUAGAGCGAAAAGGUGCAAAAGUAUUGUUGCUCACUACAAAGGGAUUCAAAGAUGUAUUAGUCAUUGGAAACCAAACGCGACCAAAUAUAUUUGACUUGACAGCUAGAAAAUUGGGUCAACUUUACGAACAUGUUCUUGAAGUUGACGAAAGAGUAACAAUUGCUGGAUUCUCAGAGGGAGGCGGCGACAAGUUGAAGAUUGAUGUUGAUGAUGGUGAUGAUGAUGAUACAUGCCUGGGCGUUACUGGCGAUGUAAUAAAAGUGGUCAAAGAGCCAGAUUAUAAACAAGUUGAACAAGAAUUGAGACAGGUGUACAACCAAGGAGAAAUCAAGAUAAUUGCUAUAUCGUUACUUCACUCUUAUGCGUAUCCUCGACAUGAGGCAGAGAUCGCGGCUAUAGCGAAAAAGAUUGGCUUUGAUGUUUCGGUAUCUCAUGAAUUACAACCAAUGAUAGGAUUCGUUAAUCGUACUUCUUCCACAGUGGCAGAUGCCUAUCUAUCACCAGUGAUAAAUGAAUACAUUAGAAGCUUUGGUGCUGGUUUUGAAGGAGGAUUGGAUGCUUUUGGUAAUAAACUCUUAUUCAUGCAAUCCAAUGGUGGAUUAUGCCCUUGGUACAAAUUCACAGGGUUGAAAGCUAUAUUAUCUGGUCCAGCUGGUGGUAUGGUUGGAUUUGGCAAGACCUGUUACGAUUCAGUUUCCAAAAAGGCGACUAUUGGUUUUGAUGCAGGUGGCACUUCAACUGAUGUGUCAAGAUAUGCAGGUAGUUUAGAACACAUUUACGAAACUAUAGUAAGCGAAGUUCACCUCCAGACACCUCAAUUGGAUAUCUCCACAGUGGCAGCCGGCGGUGGGUCAAUGUUGUUUUGGAAAAAUAAAAUGUUUGUUACUGGACCCGACUCUGCUGGCUCUGAUCCUGGCCCAGCAUGUUAUAGAAAAGGUGGUCCAUUAACUGUGACGGAUGCUAAUUUAUUUUUGGGAAGGUUGAUUGCGGAGAAAUUCCCCAAUAUUUUCGGACCUAAGCAAGAUAAACCUUUGGAUUGUGAGAUUGUGGCCAAGAAAUUUGCUGAAUUAACUCAGGAGAUCAAUAAAGAUCAAGAAAUCAAAUUGACUCCUGAGGAGGUUGCCAGUGGAUUUUUGAAAGUUGCUGUGGAGUCCAUGGCUAGACCAAUUAGAAAUUUGACCGAAGCAAAAGGGUUUGAAACGUCGCUUCAUAACUUGGCUUCCUUUGGUGGAUCAGGUGGGCAGUUUGCAGUUGCAUUGGCUAAAAAUUUGGGAAUAGGAUAUGUUGCUGUGUACAAGUACUCUUCUUUAUUAUCAGCUUACGGUAUACAAUUGGCAGAUAUAGUGAUUGAAAAGCAACUACCAGCUUCGAUAACGUAUUCCGAGGAAGAGUUUGAAAAAAUUGACGAAAAGAUUAGACUAUUGACAGCUGAAGCGUAUGAAGAGUAUAAGAAUCAGAAUUUGACUGAUCUCAAAACAAGAUUAGAGGUGUAUUUGAAUAUGAGGUAUGUUGGAAGUGAUACUCAUUUGUUAAUAGCUACAAAAGUAGGUGAGCAUGAUGCUGAUGAAAAAUUUAUCAGUAGGCAUAAAAGCGAGUUUGGCUUCAAUUUGAAUAGAAAGGUGUUGGUUGACGAUGUGCAGGUUUUACUUAUUGCUGAGUCUGACGAUAAAGAAAAUCAUAAUCCAUAUGAAGAAUAUGCCAAUUUGAAAUCAACAAUACCUGUUUCUCCAGGUCCAAUCAAAAAAAAAGUAUACUUUGAAGCAAAUGGUUGGCAAGAGACUUCCAUUUACAUAUUAUCAGAUUUGGAAGCUGGUUCAAUUGUGCCAGCACCAGCAAUUAUUAUUGAUGACACACAGACUCUUUUAAUUGAACCUGGGUCAAAAGCUAUUAUAUUAUCAAACCACGUUUUGAUUGAGGUUGAGCAAGAAAAGAAACCACAAUUAUCCGAAACAACCAUUGACCCAAUUCAGUUAUCAGUUUUUGGCCAUCGAUUUAUGUCAGUUGCAGAACAGAUGGGCCGCACUUUGCAGCAAACAGCCAUAUCUACCAAUAUCAAAGAGAGAUUAGAUUUUUCAUGUGCAAUUUUCGAUCAUAAUGGCGAUUUGAUUGCUAAUGCACCUCACAUCCCAAUCCAUUUGGGCUCUAUGUCUUAUGCAGUCAAGGCUCAAAUGAAAAUGUGGCAAGGUAAAUUAGAACCGGGAGACGUACUAGUAUCGAAUCAUCCAAUAGCUGGUGGCUCUCAUUUGCCGGAUAUCACUGUUAUCACACCAGUACUCAAUGAUAAAAAUGAACCAAUUUUUUGGACCGCAUCUAGAGGCCAUCAUGCAGAUAUUGGAUCUAUAGCUGCUGGGUCAAUGCCGCCAAAUUCCAAAACCAUUUAUGAUGAAGGUGCUGCAAUAAUAACCCACAAGCUAUGCUCAAAAGGAAAAUUCGAUGAAGCAGGGGUUACCAGAAUCCUUGUAGACGAACCAGCCAAGCAACCGGGAGGAUCUGGUACGCGGACGCUAAACGAUAAUAUAUCGGACUUGAAAGCACAAGUUGCAGCCAACUACAAAGGCAUUGUUCUUUUACAAAGAUUAAUUGAUGACUUUACAUAUGAGGUAGUUAGAUUGUACAUGGGAGGCAUACAAGCCACAGCAGAGGUAGCUGUGAGGAAUUUGCUCAAGUUGGCGUACAAGAAAUUUGGCUCUAGAGAAUUGAAAGGUAUUGAUUACAUUGAUGAUGGAACUCCUAUAGCAUUAACUGUUACUAUUAAUCCGGAAACAGGCUCGGCUUUAUUUGACUUUAGCGAAACGGGUGAUGAAAUUUACGGUAAUUUAAAUGCACCUACUGCGAUCUUGUACUCAGCGGUAUUAUAUGUACUAAGAUGUUUGAUAAGCACUGAUAUUCCCUUGAAUAACGGGUGUUUGAGACCAAUUGAGUUCAAGACUAGAGAGGGCUCUUUAGUAAGUCCAUCUGCAGACGCAGCGGUUGUAGGAGGUAACGUUGAAACUACACAAAGAAUUGUCGAUGUAAUGCUCAAGACUUUCCAAGCCGCAGCAGGAUCACAAGGCACUUGCAAUAACUUAACAUUUGGUACGAAUGACCAAACAAGUGGGGUCUCAUUUGGAUAUUAUGAGACCAUAUGUGGAGGUUCUGGGGCAGGUCCUUCAUGGCACGGACAGUCCGCAGUUCAGUGUCAUACCACCAACACCAGAAUGACUGAUACAGAGAUAUUUGAAAAGAGGUAUCCUGUGUUGGUCCACGAAUAUUCCAUACGACGUGGUUCUGGCGGUGAUGGACUUUAUAAAGGCGGCGAUGGUGUGGUUAGGAGCAUUGAGUUCUUAUAUCUGCUUGAAGUAUCCUGUUUGAUGGAAAGAAGAUCUUUAGCUCCUUAUGGCUUGUUAGGGGGAGAAGAAGGGGCUAGAGGUAAAAAUUACUGGUAUCACAAGCUGGUGAACGGAGGAUAUAAACGGAAAUCACUUGGCGGUAAGUGUACAAUAAAAAUGGGAAAAGGAGAUAGAAUAGUUAUAGAAACUCCUGGUGGGGGUGGGUACGGUGAGCUGAUAGUAAGAAACAAAGAAAAGGUUCGGUCCGAAAUCGAGGACAAUAAGGAUUCUUGCCAAUUGGGAAAUAAACAGCGGGAAACUCAAUUCCUAAUUGAAAGCUCAAAACCAACAAUAUUGACGGGAUCAAUUGGUUUAAGAGCGAAUAUUCAAGACACUAACUAG